UCUUUCUGCACUGAAGCCGGGAGCAGGCCUGCAGAGCCCUCCGCAAAGAGAGAGCAGAUUCCAGAAUGCCUUAGCCCUUCUGUGACUCUGGGUGUUGGGUGGGUGCUGAGUGCCUUGGCUGGAAGCCUCCCUCCCUGCUUCAGGGGCAGCUGAGGGCCGCCUUGGAGGCCUGCAGGAUGGAUGGGGCAAGUGAGGAGAAGCCGGCAUCUGUGUCCAAUCUGGUGGCUGUGUUUGAGAACAGCAGGGCCCCAGGAGCAGCACUGAGAGCUCACAGGCUGGAGGCCGAGCCUCAGCACCCUGGAUGCAGGCCUCCUCCACCUGCAGAGCCAUGGGAGAAGCCUGAAGUGGAGGAGGUCCUGGAGUCUGGGCCCAGGACCAUCAGCAGGAGGUACCUGAACUCCUUGAAAAACAAGAUAUCCAGUGGGACCUGGAGGAAAUCUUGCCUGCCUGGGACCAGCCCUGAGCCCGGGACGCAGGAGCCUGAGGAGAAGAGGAUUGUCCAGGAGCUGCUGGAGACAGAGCAGGCCUACGUUGCACGCCUCCACCUGCUAGACCAGGUAUUCUUCCAGGAGCUGCUGAGGGAGGCCCGCAGCAGCAAGGCCUUCCCGGAGGACGUGGUCAGACUUAUCUUCUCCAACAUCUCCUCCAUCUACCAGUUCCACACACAGUUCUUCCUCCCAGAGCUGCAGCAGCGGCUGGAUGACUGGACAGCCACGCCCCGCAUCGGUGACGUGAUCCAGAAACUGGCCCCCUUCCUGAAGAUGUACAGUGAGUAUGUCAAGAACUUUGAGCGAGCCGCCGAGCUGCUGGCCACCUGGACUGACAGGUCUCUGCCCUUCCAGGAGGUUAUCAGCCGCAUUCAGAGCAGUGAGGCCUCAGGCAGCCUGACGCUGCAGCAUCACAUGCUGGAACCUGUGCAGAGAAUCCCACGCUACGAGCUGCUGCUCAAGGAGUACGUCCAGAAGCUGCCAGCCCAGGCCCCAGACCGGGCCGAUGCCCAGAAAGCCCUCAACAUGAUCUUCUCAGCCGCUCAGCACUCCAACGCAGCCAUCACAGAGAUGGAGAGGCUGCAGGAACUCUGGGAGGUGUACCAGCGCUUGGGCCUCGAGGAUGACAUAGUAGACCCUUCUAACACUCUGCUCCGUGAAGGCCCCGUGCUCAAGAUCUCCUUCCGCCGCAGUGACCCCAUGGAGCGCUACCUUUUCUUGUUCAACAAUAUGCUGCUCUACUGUGUGCCCCGGGUCAUCCAGGUGGGCGCCCACUUCCAGGUGAGGACCCGCAUCGACGUGGCCGGGAUGAAGGUGCGGGAGCUGACUGAUGCCGAGUUCCCCCACUCCUUCCUGGUGUCUGGGAAGCAGCGCACCCUGGAGCUGCAAGCCCGGUCUCAGGAGGAAAUGAUUUCCUGGAUGCAGGCCUGCCAAGCAGCCAUUGACCAAAUCGAGAGGCGGAAUGAAACCUUCAAGGCCGCAGUCCAGGGCCCUGAGGGGGACACCCAGGAUCAGGAGCUGCAGUCCGAGGAACUGGGCCUCCGGGCACCGCAGUGGGUCCGGGACAAGAUGGUGACCAUGUGCAUGCGCUGCCAGGAGCCCUUCAACGCCCUGACGCGCCGUCGUCAUCACUGCCGGGCCUGCGGCUACGUGGUGUGUGCCAGGUGCUCCGACUACCGCGCUGAGCUCAAAUAUGAUGACAACAGGCCCAACCGAGUCUGCUUCGCCUGCUACACCUUUCUCACCGGAAACGUGCUCCCGGAGGACAGGGAGGACAAGAGAAGAGGCAUCCUGGAGAAAGGGUCCACAGUGGGGUCUGAGCAGAACCUAAUGUGCAGCUUCCUGCAGCUCGUCGGGGACAAGUGGGGCAAGAGCGGCCCCCGGGGCUGGUGUGUGAUCCCCCGGGAUGACCCCCUUGUGCUCUAUGUCUACGCUGCCCCUCAGGACACGCGAGCUCACACCUCCAUCCCACUGCUGGGCUACCAGGUGACCACUGGGCCCCAGGCAGACCCCUGGGUCUUCCAGCUGCAGCAGUCAGGCCAGCUCUACACCUUCCAGGCUGACAGCGAGGAGCUGAAGGGCCGCUGGGUGAAAGCUAUGGAGCGUGCAGCUGGCGGCUGGAGCCCUGGGGAGCCCGACAGUGGGGACCUGUCUGACUGAGCCACCGCCAGCCACUUUCCUCCUUAGAGUCCAGCUCCCACAGCCUGACCCUGGGGCCUCAGUGGCCACCACCCCAACCUGAGCUUUCCAGGAACUGAUUUCCAGUCAUCUGUACCAAACUGUGUAUCCCAACUUGGGAUUCAGAAAACAUAGGUCUGAAGGGGUGACCAAGUGUCCUGGUUUGCCCAGGGCUGAGGGAGUUCCUGGGACAUGGGACUCUCAGUGCUAAAACUGGGCAAGUCCCAGGUAACCCAGGACUGUUGGCCACUGGUGUGGUUCUCAGCCUGGGCUGCACAUAGUAUCACCUGGGGAGCUUUAAAAAAUCUUGGUGAAAAAAUAAAUACAAACUAAAAAAAAAUUUUUUUAAAUACCAA